AUCUACUACAAAUAACUACAAAUCAGCAUCUGCUGCGUGGAACAAUUUACUUGCUAUAUCUAUAUAUUUUACAAUAAUACAAUAUUCAUAAGUAAUUAACAUUAUAAUAACAUUCAACUAAAAAUGAAGUUUUUCUUAAUAUUACUUACAUUAACUGUAAUAACCCUGAACGCUUUUUCCAAGGAAGAUUCGAAACCCACGAUAAAAAUUGGUAUUAAAAAGAGGGCGGAAAAUUGCGAAGUAAAAGCCCGUAAGGGAGAUACUAUUCACGUUCAUUAUAGGGGUACGUUAAAAGAUGGUACCGAAUUCGACAAUAGUUAUGAUCGUAAUAAAGCGUUUUCUGUGAGACUUGGAGCCGGUCAAGUGAUAAAAGGAUGGGACCAAGGGCUGUUGGGCAUGUGCGAAGGUGAAAAACGUCGUUUGGUCAUACCGCCUGAAUUGGGUUAUGGCAAAGCAGGAGCUGGUGACAAAAUACCCCCAGAUGCAACAUUGGUAUUUGAGGUUGAAUUAGAAAAGAUUGAUAGACCAAAAGUUGAUCUAUAAAAUCACUAUUAGCUGAAUUUAAAUUAUCUUAAUAAAAUACUAUCUUUCGAAUAAAAUCAGUUUUUAUACUAGUAUGAACAAAA